CGCCAAACAAAAACCGGGUCGCCCUUUUUCUCAAACUGCGAGGCCAGCUUUGCAGGCCGGAACUGAACUUUGCGAUAUCGCAAAACCCCGACACCGUUCCCUCACAAGCCCUUCCUUUUUCUCCUUGCGUUCCCCGUCUCGGUUCUCCCCUUAGACUUCACAAUGUUCUCCCGGGCCGUCCGGAUAUCGCGGGUAGCGCCAAUCCGUGCUGCUCAGCGCGCGCAGACGGCUUCGGUUGCCGCUCGGAGGACCGUCACCACCAAUGCGGCUUCGGCGCAGGUCGACAAGAGCUCGAUUCCCCAGUCCGAUGAGGAGCCCUUCCAAAUCAGGCUCAGCGAUGAGAGCUUCGAGACCUACGAGCUCGACCCGCCACCCUACACGCUCGAUGUGACCAAGAAGGAGCUCAAGCAGAUGUACUACGACAUGGUCGUCGUCAGACAAAUGGAGAUGGCCGCCGACAGGCUAUACAAGGAGAAGAAGAUCCGCGGCUUCUGCCAUCUUUCCACCGGCCAGGAAGCCGUCGCCGUCGGCGUCGAGCACGCGAUCGAGAAGUCGGACGAUGUCAUCACCUCGUACCGCUGCCACGGCUUCGCCUACAUGCGCGGCGGCACCGUCCGCUCCAUCAUCGGCGAGCUGCUCGGCCGCCGUGAGGGCAUCGCCUAUGGCAAGGGCGGGUCCAUGCACAUGUUCACCAAGGGCUUCUACGGUGGCAACGGUAUCGUCGGUGCUCAGGUCCCCGUCGGCGCCGGUCUGGCUUUCGCCCAGAAGUACACUGGCGGCAAGAAGGCUACCGUCAUCCUCUACGGUGACGGUGCUAGCAACCAGGGCCAGGUCUUCGAGGCUUUCAACAUGGCGAAGCUCUGGAAGCUGCCGGCUCUUUUCGGCUGCGAGAACAACAAGUACGGUAUGGGCACGUCUGCUGCUCGCUCCUCGGCCCUGACGGACUACUACAAGCGCGGACAGUACAUCCCUGGUCUGAAGGUCAACGGCAUGGACGUCCUCGCCGUCAAGGCCGCCGUCCAGUACGGUAAGCAGUGGACCACGGAGGAUAACGGCCCGCUGGUGCUCGAGUACGUUACGUACCGCUACGGCGGCCACUCCAUGUCGGACCCCGGCACCACCUACCGCACGCGCGAGGAGAUCCAGCGCAUGCGGUCGACCCACGACCCCAUUGCCGGGUUGAAGCAGCACAUUCUGGACUGGGGCGUUGCCCAGGAGGACGAGCUCAAGGCCAUCGACAAGGAGGCGCGCAACCAUGUCAACGAGGAGGUCGCGGCCGCCGAGGCCAUGGCCCCGCCAGAGCCCACCCCCAAGAUUCUGUUUGAGGACAUCUACGUCCGCGGCUCCGAGCCGCAGUUCAUCCGCGGCCGGACGACGGAUGAGGUUUUCUACUUCCACUAGGGGGGUUAGGGUUAGCCGGGGCCGACGAGGUGAUGGAUUCUCGCAUGGGAGAACGGAUUCGUGCCGGGGCUGCGAAGAUCUGAGCGCUGGGACUUCCUUUUUCAUUUGUACAACAGCAACAUUGUCCUAAUUUGCGAUAGAGCCUGGGAAGGGUCCUGCAAUUGAGGUUCGGAUUGGCAGCUGUCCAAAUGGCUGGUCGGUCUUAGAUCACGUGCCACCGGGUAAUG